UUCUGCUCUCUCUCUCUCUCUCUCUCUCUCUCUCUCUCAUACUUGCGUUAUCUUAAAAAAUGGAGGAAGUUGAGAUACCUCAAUAUUUCUUAUGCCCCAUAUCUCUUCAAAUCAUGAAAGAUCCGGUCACGGUGGUGACAGGCAUCACGUACGACCGGGAAAGCAUCACACGGUGGUUGUUGGCGGCGGAGGAAGCGAGUUGCCCGGUGACAAAGCAGCCUUUGGCGAGGGACGCCGCCGCCGAGUUGACCCCAAAUCACAUGCUCCGCCGCCUCAUCCAAGCCUGGUGCAUUGCCAACUCCGACAAAGGGAUCGAUCGCCUCCCCUCUCCCAAAUCGCCUCUCACUAACUCUCGCCUUCACAGGCUUAUCCGCGACUUGAAUAACCCCCAGACGUUCAUGAAAUCUUUGAACCAAAUGGAGGAGCUCGCGGCGGAGGAGAAGAACCGGAAGUGCAUGGAGGAAUCCGACGUGGUAAACUCCAUGAUUCUGUUCAUAGUUAAAAGCUUUAAGGAAAGUGAAAUCCCAGGCGGCCUCGAACAGGCUUUGAGGAUCUUUUGUCUUGUUUGGACCCCAUCCGAGGAAAAUAAGUCAAUUGUGAACCAAAACCAUAGAGAUCUUAUCCCACCUAUAUUACGGAUUAUGAACACAAAAACAGAAAUCAUUCUUGAUCAACUCAAAACCCAAGCAAUGGCGGCCAUGAAAAUAAUCACAGAGGUUUCCAGUUCCAGUUCCCUGGAGGGACUAAACCAAGAAAUUUUCUCGGAAACAAUGGUGAGUCUCAUCAGAAGAUUCAGAACCAAACCCAUCACUCAACAAACCACAAAAGACGCUUUGCAUGUACUCAUACACGCCUGCCAAUGGGGAAGAAACAGAUUAAAGAUCAUCGAAGCCGGGGCGAUUUUCGAGCUGAUCGAACUGGAAUUAAGCAGCCCUGGAAAAAGGAUUAGCGAGCUGGUGUUUUGCCUGUUGGCUAAUCUGUGUUCUCUAGCCGAGGGGAGACAGCUUUUCUUGAAACAUGCGGGGGCUAUAGCCGUGGUGUCCAAACGGACGCUGACGGUUUCUCCGGCGACGGACGACUGGGCGGUGCAGAUUCUGGCGGCGAUCUCGAAAUGCUCGGCGACGAAAGAGGUGGUUCUGGAAAUGUUGAGGGUGGGAGCUGUGUCAAAGCUUUGCAUGGUUCUUCAAGCAGAUUGUGAAGUGCGUUUGAAGAAGAAGGCAAGGGAGAUAUUAAGGUCGCACUCUAGUGUUUGGAGUGACUCUCCUUGUAUACAAGAGAAAUAUUAUGGCACAAUUGAGGGACUAAAACGACCAUUUUCUAAUACAAAUGUAUUUGUUUACGUGCAUCGGAGAUAGCUUACUCUUAUAUAUAAAUCAUGGUUGCACUAGGCCCUAGACGCUAGUCGGGCGUCCCGGCAACUAGACGGGUGCA